UAUCUGCUGUCUGUCAGGGAGAGAAAGGGAGAAAAAAAUUGACAAAAUGAAAAUGUACUACAAGUGUAUUUUUGCCCUGUCACAUUUAUUGAGGAUCCUGAGAGAGGGGAAGAGAGAGUCUCACAACUUCUUGGCACAUUGUGAAAAAACAAACAUGGCGAGGCAGGGCGUGGGUCGUCUCUCUCAUUCCGUCUGUUUGGUAUUGACAUGUCUGUCCCUGGCUCUCCACCUCAUCCUGGCCCUCUUCUGUCUAUCCGUCCUCCAAACAUCCUGCGUUAUCCCCCCCCCCUCCUCCUGUUCCUCCUCUUUGUCUUUUCCUGGAACUGUUCCCCAUGGAAAACAGGGGAGAUCUCACUCCCUUUCCUCACAAAGCAGCUCACACAAAUUACCAGUAAGUCGCAUGAAUGGAGACUAUACCAAAAUGGCCGCACACAUAGACCACAAGGUGGAGGCCUCAUUCAACAUUGUCAAUGAGAAGGAGAAGGACAAAAAGCUGAUUCAAACCAAAAUGGCCACCAAAGUGAGCCAACGGAUCAGCAGUCGCUCCAAGCUGGAGGCCCUCUUCAGCCACCCGCUGUACAACCUGCCACGCAAACAUCUGCUGGAAGACGAUUGGCUGCUGAAGUUGAAGCCAAAGAACAAGGGAGGGAACAGUGAGGAGGAAGAUGAGGAGGAGGACAGUGACAAAAGCAGUGAAGAUAGUGAGUGGCAGAGUGACAGCGAGGAGGAUGGCUAUGACCGAGCUAAUUGGACUAGAAGUGCGGACACCCACCCUGCCUGGCUGAGGUACCACCUUGGGAUCUCUCGCUGGGAGCUGUAUGACAGGAAUGACCCUAGCGUUGCCGAGGUGACUCAACAGAUGGCCACACAACGCAUCCUCAGCGCAGUGCAGAAGAGUGGGGGUACCCAGCUCAAGCUGAUCAUGUCAUUCCCCAACUACGGACAGGCCCUCCUCAAACCCAUGAGGCAGGAGAGAGAUGCAGAGACAGACUUCAACCUGUUCUACUUCUCUGACUUUGAGAGACACAAUGCAGAGAUUGCUGCCUUCCACCUAGACAGGGUGCUAGGUUUCUGUAGAAUCCCUCCAGUGGUAGGUAGACUCAUCAACAUAACCACAGAGAUCAGAGCUAUCACCACAGACCACAAACUAUCCAGAACCUUCUUCACCUCUCCUGUGGGUAAUUUGUGUUUCCACGGCCAGUGUGAAUACUACUGCUCCACAGAGAACCCAGUGUGUGGUCGACCCCAGGUCUUGGAGGUGUCCCUGGCCUCCAUGCUGCCUGACCUCUCCCUGGCCCCCAGACGCUCCUGGAGGUCCCCUUGGAGGCGCUCCUACAGCCGCACCAAACUGGCACCAUGGGAGAAGAACCCAGAUUACUGUGACACGGUGAAACAGACUCCUCCAUACAACCAAGGCACCAGACUAGUGGAUCUAAUUGACAUGGUCAUUCUGGACUUCCUCAUGAGUAAUAUGGACAGACAUCACUACGAGACUUUUGAGAAGUUUGGGAAUGACACUUUCCUGCUGCACCUAGACAACGGGAGGGCGUUUGGGCGUCAUUCUGUGGAUGAACCCUCCAUAUUGGUGCCCUUACGACAGUGUUGCAGGAUCCGUCGCUCAACUCUCAUGCGUCUGCGUCUCCUGUCCCUUCCGAGCUUCCGUCUGAGUGAUGUCAUGAGGGAGUCUCUGUCCCAGGAUCCCCUGGAGAGUGUGGCCCCCCUCCUCUCUGUACAUCACCUCUCUGUGCUGGACCGUCGUCUGAAAACCAUCCUGCAGGCUGUACACACCUGUCUGGAGCACCAUGAUGACGUUAUCCAUGAUGACCUACAGGGAUAUGAUGUUAACUUAUACCGGCACUAGACAAUAAUUAAGACUGAACAUCCAUUUACAAAACCAUCACUGCAAUAUGUCUAUCAUUGGAUUCAGCUAUGAUUGAUGACAAGAUUAUUGUAUUAUCAAUCAAUCAGUUAAUUAUAUGUAUACAUUCAUGGCACA